UGCCAGCGUUGCUAGCCACGCCCCCACGGGCUACAGGCAGCAGGCAUAUGUGUUCAGAGGUGGCCGCGCGGAAUCACAAGCAGCGGUGUCUCUUCUUGGAAGGCUGUUUUUGUCGCGGGCGCUGAGGAUCCUCGCCAGGAAGACAUGGACGAUCUCGAUGCUCUGCUUGCUGACCUUGAAUCUACAACCUCCCACAUCUCCAAGCGGCCUGUGUUUCUACAGGAGGAGACGCCUUAUUCCUACCCAACCAGUAGCCACAAUUACCAGGAACCUUUAGUACCCCCUCCAGUUCCACCACCUCCUUCAGCAGAAGCUCUAAACGGAACUGUGUUUGACUCAACAGAUCAGUGGCAGAACACAAGAUUUGCAACUCCGCCGCCUGUGAAUUAUUCAACUACUGCGAAAACCUCUGCAUCACUUUCAAGAGAGAGUACCAGCCCCCCUGUACCACGUUCUGCGGAUGAGGACCACGUUUACAGUUUCCCAAACAAGCCAAAGACUACUGAACCCUCCCCAAGUGCCAUGAGUGCCUCUUUGGGCAGCAACCUGUCAGAGUUGGACCGGCUUCUUCUAGAACUUAACACUGUCCAGCACAGUUCUUCUGCUUUCAACCUUACAGAUGACCCUAGUCCACCUUUACCCACUAAUGCUACACAGUAUUCCAUCCAAGAAAAUGGAGGGUCCUUGGGAAAGAAAGGGGCUCUUGGCAAAGAAAAGCCAAAACGCAAUGGAGGACGAGGCAUUGAUGAACUACGUCCCAGUGUAGAAAGCCUACUGGAUGAACUUGAAAGUUCUGUGCCGACUCCCACGCCUGCCUCCUCAAUUGUACAAACUGAUGUAGGUGAUGCCCAGCGAGACGGUGCUACCCAACAGCAUGCCAGAAUAUCUGCAUCUUCAGCCACCCGGGAGCUGGAUGAGCUCAUGGCCUCUCUUUCAGAUUUCAAGUUUCAAAGCAAUGUGAUGCCCUCACCUCUUCUGGGUAGACACCCUAAUCUCCUGAGUUCCCGUCCUCCACCCAGUCCUCCUGUAGCUGACAAGAUCAUGGCUCAAGGAAAGGGGGGUGGCUCUCCACCAUCUGGCCCACCAAAAGGAGGAAACAAGUUGGACAACAUGCUCGGCAGCCUGCAGUCCGACUUGAAUCGACUUGGAGUACAGACGUUGGCAAAAGGGGUCUGUGGUGCAUGUAAGAAACCCAUUGCAGGACAGGUGGUCACUGCCAUGGGUAGAACAUGGCAUCCAGAACAUUUUGUCUGCACACACUGUCAGGAAGAAAUUGGUUCUAGAAACUUUUUUGAACGUGAUGGACAGCCUUACUGUGAAAAAGACUACCACAACCUCUUCUCACCCCGCUGCUACUACUGCAAUGGCCCUAUCCUUGAUAAAGUUGUAACUGCACUGGACAGGACCUGGCAUCCUGAUCACUUCUUCUGUGCCCAGUGUGGAGCGUUCUUUGGACCUGAAGGUUUUCAUGAAAAAGAUGGAAAGGCCUAUUGCCGCAAAGACUAUUUCGACAUGUUUGCUCCCAAAUGUGGUGGCUGUGCUCGUGCAAUCUUGGAAAACUAUAUCUCUGCACUCAACUCAUUGUGGCACCCGGAGUGUUUUGUGUGUCGGGAGUGCUUUACUCCCUUCAUCAAUGGUAGCUUUUUUGAGCAUGAUGGACAGCCCUACUGUGAGGUGCACUAUCACGAGAGACGUGGCUCUCUCUGCUCUGGUUGCCAGAAACCAAUCACUGGUCGCUGCAUCACCGCCAUGUCCAAGAAGUUCCACCCUGAACAUUUUGUCUGUGCCUUCUGUCUGAAGCAGCUCAACAAGGGGACGUUCAAGGAGCAAAAUGACAAACCCUACUGCCAAAACUGCUUCCUGAAACUCUUCAGUUAGGAGUGUGUUGCAGUAAAGCCUGCUGGUCCUAUUGACUUAAGUAAUUCAGGUCAUUUCACACAGGAAGGGAAUAUGGUGCAGGGGUUGUCGCCAUUGUUAGGUGGUCCUUAGUAUAGGGUUGACUGUUUUUCUCCUCCAGUCACAUGUUUAGUGUGUUGGCCACGUGUUUCACUCUUUUCUGUUAAGAGCUGCUUUUCUGUAGGAGAGAGGAGGUGCCAUUUAUAUAUCUGUAUGAAAUUACACUGUGAAAACUCAAUGGGGCAAUUGGGAGGUAUGCUCAGUGCUGGGAUGUUGUUGUAGCUGCAUUGCAAAUGGCAAAAGGCAGUAGCUCUUUGGAGAGGUUUCCCAAGUCCUAGGAAGCGAGUUCAGCUUUUCACAAAGGUGCAUUGCAACAGCUUGUUAUAUCUGCAUAUCAGGGAACCGUUUCUCAAACUGUUUUAACAGUUUUUCUACCUAUUAUAGAACAAUAUUCAGCCAGCAACAACAAAGUAGCAUUUUGAAUGAUAUUUUUAUGGAUGCAGACUCUUCUUUCAUACCUAUUCAGCCAUUUUCCUCAAACACAAUGUACUGUACUUGGUAAACAGGCUGUAAAUGUACCUUCAGGGUUUGUGGAAGUGCCCUUCCCCCCAACCCACCCCCGUAGCAACUGGAUAGUUAUUCAUACAGAGAGUAGCUGUGACAUUUUGUGCAGGUCUGCAGGUCAUCUCUUGAAAGAAGUAGGAUUGCAGGAAAUGCUGAGUAGCUGAGGCAGCCUUCUUUUUCCACAAUUUGGAAAGCACUGGACUCAAUUUCUAACCACCAGCUGCAUGGGGCUAUAAUAUCAGUUUUAGGCAAGCAUCAAAACAAAAAAUGAAAAUCCCCUCCCACACCCACUUCCCCAAUCAGUUAUGACUUGUACAAGUAGUGCCAAAAUGUAUUCUGGUGAAACCAUUUGUAUGGAAAUCAAAUUUUCGGGGUCAGAGUUAAAUACUGGUGCUUUAAAACACCAUUGUCUAAACUUGCUAUCAGCGAAUGUCUGAAGGAAGUCUGUCCAGAAUACCCUUGCCUGGGUAAUGGGUGCUAGUCUUAUUUUUUUAAAUGGCAUUGGGGAAAAUGGAAAUAUACUUUUUUUUUUUUUUUUUUUGUCUAAUGUAUGGGGAUUUAAACCCAUUUGGAUCUGGAAUCCAUAUUCGGACUUGGUGUGCAGCUGUUGCGGCCCUUCUAUUACAUGUUGGAGUCUGAGCUGCCUACCUGUGCGUUUUCAGGUAAAGAUUUGCUGGCUUGUUGAAGUAGAAAGUUCUGGACUCUGACGUGCUUCUUUCAGACCCGCAGGACAUAUCACGCUCAUCAUCUACUGUAGACAGGCGAUUUCAUUGAAGAUUUUUACUCUGCUGUUUGGUGGCUUUCAUAUAAAUCUUUUUGUCUCCUUUUCUCAUUAAAAUGUACAAGUGAAAAAAUAUAUAUAAUUCUAACAUCAAAGAACCACUUUUUAUAUCCCGUCUAAAGAAACUUUUUAUUAAAAAAAAAUAUAUAUAUAUAUAUACAUAUCUACACUCUCCUUCUGAAUGCUAAGAAUACUUUCAUAGACUGAAAAAACAAUUACCUGGGAUUAGCCUGUAAAUCCUUAUAGCACAAGCUGACGUUGCUCUGUACAUGGUAAAUCCCAGGUUAACGUAACAGGACUGAAUUUUGUAACCUUCAAACUGCUGUAUUUUGUACUCCAUUUCUUCUUUAUGAUGGUGUUACAUUUCAAUUGCCAAUAUGAAAUCUAGUAUGCAAGUCUUAAACAAUUACAUGUUUAGAGGGUUUGAGAUCGUACUAAUAAUGCUUGAUUUGUUUGAUUUUUAAAUGUCUAAAGCAGUAAACUCUGGGUCGAGGGCUGGUAAGACUUAAAUGAAUGUGUUGUUGCAAAUUUCCUGGUUACUUAAAACCUGUCAAGUCGUUUUCAUCACACAUUGACUACCAACUGCAAGCAGGCCUGAAGUUAAUGUAGUCUUUUAGCCGUAAAUUUGUUUUUCUUUUUCUUUUGAUACUUGGAAUUGUGUGAUUUGAUUUACCAGAAGCUUGUUACAUCAGCGCCACCUGCUGGCACCUUGCUUUAAGUUUAAACAAUGUCCAUCCAUCCAUUUUCCAACCCGCUGAAUCCGAACACAGGGUCACGGGGGUCUGCUGGAGCCAAUCCCAGCCAACACAGGGCACAAGGCAGGAAACAAUCCUGGGCAGGGUGCCAACCCACCACAGGACACACCCAAACACACCCACACACCAAGCACACACUAGGGCCAAUUUAGAAUCGCCAAUCCACCUAACCUGCAUGUCUUUGGACUGUGGGAGGAAACCGGAGCCCCCGGAGGAAACCCACGCAGACACGGGGAGAACAUGCAAACUCCACGCAGGGAGGACCCGGGAAUUGAACCCAGGUCCCCAGAUCUCCCA